AUGGAAAAACAAAAAAAUAUUUCUAUUAAAAAAUUUGCAAAUCCAUUGUCUUUUCCUCAUGAAUUUAGGACAAAUUUACAUAAAUCAACAUUUUUAGACGCAAGUUUAUUAGAAUUACCAAAUAUAAGUGUUGAUAAAACUAAAAAUGAAAAUAAUUUUUCAAUCACUGAUAAAAUUUUAAUGGAGAGUUUAAAAGAAAAUGAGUUCAAAAUAAGAGAGUUCAUUAAAAACCAAGAAAGUGGAAAUAGAGUUUUAAUGAUUGAUAAAAAUUCUUUAAAAGAAUUAUUUAAUAUUAAUGAUAAUCAGGCUUUGGAUUUAAUAUUCAAUCAAUAUGUUCAAUCUACAAGGCCAAAUUUAAUUAGAAAAUCAAGUAAUAGUAGUUUAAAUAUAGAUUUAAAAAAAGAAAUUAAAAAAAAAACAAAAAAAUCAAGAAAAUCAUUUUCCAGAAAUUCAAAAUUAAAUAAUAAUGAUAGUAAAAUAGAUGAUAAAAAUGAUAAUUAUAUAGAUAAAAUAAAUGAUAUUAAUAAUUUUAAUAGCGAUAUUGAAGAAAUAUUUAAAAAGAAAAAAGAAAUUGAAAAUACUUUAAAAAUUCCAAUAGGUGGUAAUUCUUUCCCAAUCCCUGUAGAGUUUAAUAAUAAUAAUAAUAAUAAUAAUAAUAAUAAUAAUAAUAAUAAUAAUAAUUAUAAUAAUAAUAUUGAUAAUAACAAUAAUAACAAUAAUAAUAAUAAUAAUAAUAAUAUUAAUAAUUGUAAUAAUAAUAAUAUUAAUAAUGAUAAUAAUAAUAAUAAUAAUAAUGAUAAUGAUAAUAAUAAUAUUAAUACUGUUGAUAAUCAUGAUGAUGAUAUUAUAAAUAAUAGCAAUAAUUUUAAUAAAAAUGAAUAUCCAUCAAGUAAUAUAUCACCAAUAUCUCCAAAAUCUUCAAUAUCAAGUUUUCCAACAAAUUUAAAUAAUUCAAUAAAUAAUACAGGUUCAAUGGUUUCAGAUUCUUUAAGUUCUUGUAGAAAUUCGAUUUCGUCUAGUUCAAUUGAUUCAAGUGUUGCUUCAAUUCCUAUAACAAUACAAUCAAUAGAUUUUGAAGAUAAGAAUAUUAAAUCAGACCAAUUUAAAAUAAUAUCAAAAUCAAAUAUAGAAAAUACAAUUGAAACAAACCCAAUACCUCCAUUCAAUCAAACCAAUAACCAAUGUGAAGUUCAGUUACAAUCACAUUCUUUACCAACAAUUUUAAAACAACCACAUAUUUAUAAAUCAAAAUCAUUUUCUAGUAGUAUCAAUAGUAAUAGUAAAAUUAAAAAAAUUAAAAAAUCAAGAUCAUUUGAAAUUGAAUCAAAAAUUAAUUUAUUUGAUGUAAUUAAUCAUAUAUAUUUAAACCUUUCAAAAGUUGGUAGUGAAGAACAAAAAAUAACCAGUGUUUUUAAAUUAUAUGAUAUAUAUGAUAAGGGUUUUAUUUCAAGAGAUGAUUUAAAAGAAGUAUUAAAUUAUAGAACUAAACAAAAUGGGUUAAAAUUUCAAGACUUUACAAUGGAAAGUUUGAUUGAUCACAUUUUUCAACAAUUUGAUAAAAAUAUGGAUGGAUAUAUAGAUUUUGAAGAAUUUAAAAGUGAAUUAACAAUUAACAAUGAAAAUAAAGUAAAAGAAAAAGAAGAAAAUACAAAUUAUAAUUUUAAAGAAGAAAAUAUUGGAAUAUAUACGGAAAAAGAAAGUUUUCAUAGUUUAAAAAGAUAUUUAAAAAUUGAAGGAUCAAAAUUAUUUUUUAUAUCUUUAUUUUUUAUUAUAAAUUCAAUUUUAGUAAUAACAAGUUUUUUAAAUGUUCAUGCAAAUAAUAAAAGAGCAAUAGAAUUAUUUGGCCCGGGUGUAUAUAUAACAAGAAUUGCAGCUCAAUUAAUUGAAUUCAAUGCAGCAAUAAUUUUAAUGACAAUGUGUAAACAAUUAUUUACAAUGAUUAGAAAUACCAAAUUUAAAUUUUUAUUUCCAGUUGAUAAAUAUAUGACAUUUCAUAAAUUAAUUGGUUAUACAUUAAUCAUUGCUUCAUUUUUACAUACUAUUGGUUGGAUUGUUGGUAUGGCAGUUGCAACUGGUAAACCUGAUAAUAUUUUUUAUGAUUGUUUAGCACCUCAUUUUAAAUUUAGGCCAACAGUUUGGGAAAUGAUUUUUAAUAGUUUACCAGGUGUAACAGGUUUCAUUAUGAUAUCAUUUUUAAUAAUUAUGGCAAUUUUAUCUUUAAAAAUUAUUAGGAAAUCUAAUUUUGAAUUAUUUUAUUAUAGUCAUCAUUUAUUUAUUGGAUUUUAUGUUUUAUUAAUUUUACAUGGUACAAUGGGUUGGAUUAGACCACCAACAUUUUGGAAAUGGUUUAUUGUUCCAGGUUUCUUUUAUACAGUUGAUAGAAGUUUUAGAUUGUUUAAAAGAACUCAUAGAGUUGAAGUUUUAGAUUAUUGUUUAAAGAACGAAAGAGUAAUUAAUUUAACAUUUAGUAAACCACCAUCAUUCGAUUAUAAACCUGGACAAUAUUUAUUGAUCAAUGUACCACAUAUUUCAAAAUUACAAUGGCAUCCAUUUACAAUGACCUCAUCACCAUUAGAGGAUAAAAUAUAUGUUCAUAUUAGAGUAACAGGUAAUUGGACAAAGAAAUUAUUUAGAUGGUUAUCAAUUAAAAAACAAUUACAACAACAACAACAAUUAUAUAAUAAUAUUAAACAACAAAAUGUAUUGCCUGAUGGUUCUAAUUUUAUUAUUAAUAAUAAUAAUAAUAUUGAUCAAAUUGAUUUAGAAAUUGGUUUAAAACCAUUUCGAAUUAAUAUUGAUGGUCCAUUUGGAUCAUCAAGUCAAUAUGCAUUAAAACAAAAACAAGUUAUAUUAGUGGGUGCAGGUAUUGGUGUUUCACCAAUGGCAUCAUUAUUAAAGGAUAUUUCAUUAAAGAAACAGAGAUUACAAUUAUUAAAUCAAGGUGAUCAAAUUGCAUUGGAACAAAGUAAAAAUGAGAUUACAACAAAGUUUGGUUUAGGUAAUCUUGAAAAGGUUCAUUUCUUUUGGCUCAAUAGAGAUCAACAUAGUUUCCAAUGGUUUGAAGACCUAUUAAUUGAUAUCUCAACGAAUGGUAAUAGUAAUUUACCAAAAAUAUCCAUUAAUACCUUUAACACUCGUGUUUUUCCAAAGAAUGAUGUUAGAGUGUUUAUGUUAUGGAAUGGUUUAGAUAAACUAUUCAAAGCACAAGGUUUAGAUCCAACCACUAAUUUACCAUUUAAAACUCAUUGGGGAAGACCAAAUUGGGAUACAAUUUUCCAAUAUUACUCUAAAAAGUAUUCCGGUGAAUCAAUUAGUGUAUUUUGUUGUGGUCCUUCUCAAUUAUCAAAAGAACUUUAUGAAAAAUGUAGAUAUUAUACUUGUUUAAAAACUGGUGGUACCAAAUUUUAUUUUCAUAAAGAAAACUUUUAA